AUGCAGGCCGUUAAGCAAGCGCUGCACAUUGGCUCAAACGGCGCCAAUGGCACUGCUCGAUCCGAGCCUACCCCCGAUGCCGUGGCCGAGCUCAAGCAAAAAUACACAGACGCCCACCAAGGUCACGUCUUCAACUUUUACGACCAGCUCAACACCGAUCAAAAGGCCACUCUCUUCGAGCAGCUCUCCAGCUUUGACCCUGUCCGCAUCAACGAGUACGCCCAGCGCGCCCUCAAGCCCGCCGAGACCGAUAACCAGCCUGCUGUCCUGAAGCCCCUCCCAGAGUCUGCUACCGCCAGCAUCCUCGACUCGAAGCCCGAAGACCUUACACAAUGGUACGAGUCUGGCCUGGACCUAAUUGGCAAGAACCAGGUCGCCGUAGUCCUUAUGGCCGGUGGCCAGGGCACCCGUCUUGGCAGUAGUGCUCCCAAGGGCUGUUACGACAUUGGCCUGCCCUCGCACAAGUCACUCUUCCAGAUUCAGGCCGAGCGUAUCCGCAAGGUGCAGGAGCUUGCCGCCAAGAAGGCGGGCGGCCAGAACGUCGUCGUUCCCUGGUACGUCAUGACCAGCGGUCCGACACGCAAGCCUACCGAGGAGUUCUUCGAGAAGAACAACUACUUUGGCCUCGAUCGAAGCAACGUCCAGAUCUUUGAGCAGGGUGUUUUGCCCUGCAUCUCCAACGAGGGCAAGAUCCUCCUCGAGGACAAGGGCAAGGUCGCCGUCGCCCCUGACGGCAACGGUGGCAUCUAUCCGGCUCUCAUCCUAUGGGGCGUCCUCGAUGACAUGCGCAAGCGUGGCAUCCAGCACAUCCACGCCUACUGCGUCGACAACUGCCUUGUCAAGGUCGCUGACCCCGUUUUCGUCGGCUUCUCGGCUGAGAAGAACGUUGACAUUGCCACCAAGGUGGUGCGCAAGCGCAACGCCACCGAGUCGGUCGGCCUUAUUCUGUCCCGCAACGGCAAACCCGAUGUUGUCGAGUACUCUGAAAUAGACAAGGCCACCGCCGAGGCCGAGGACCCCUCCCAACCUGGCGUCCUCAAAUUCCGCGCCGCCAACAUUGUCAACCACUAUUAUUCGUUCCGCUUCCUCGAGUCUAUUCCCGAGUGGGCGCAUAAGCUGCCCCACCACAUCGCCCGCAAGAAGAUUCCCGCGGCCGACCUCGAGACGGGCGAGACGGUCAAGCCCGAGAAGCCCAACGGCAUCAAGCUCGAGCAGUUUGUCUUUGACGUCUUCCCCCUGCUGCCCCUUGACAAGUUUGCCUGCAUGGAGGUGCAGCGUGAGGACGAGUUCUCUCCGCUCAAGAACGCCAAGGGCACCGGCCAGGACGACGAGGACACCAGCCGCGCCGCCGUCAUGGAGCAGGGAGAGAGAUGGGCCAAGGCUGCUGGCGCUAUUGUCGUUGCGGACGGCGGUGUCGAGGUCUCUCCCCUGAUCAGCUACGCUGGUGAAGGCUUGGAAAAGUUCAGCGGCAAAACUAUACAGGCUCCCGCGGUAGUGGAGCGUGAUUGA